AGGUCUUUCGGCGCGGUCUGUCCUAUGUUCCUCCGCGACGAUGCCCGGCCUGAGUCAACCGUGCAUGGCAAUAUAUAUAUGGAUCGUCUUCCCGCGAGCGGGGUGCCCGUCAUGGUGCGUAGAUGACUGUAUCAACGUGUAUUGACACCGACUGACUACUACACUGGACAGCGUCUGCUGUCCACGUCUACUCAUUCAUGCGUCGACUCGGAUCGCCAAGGAGCAGCGCGGUAGCGCUGCCAGUACUCUGGCUACCUGAUAGACACCAUCAUGCAGCCAACCCGCGAGUGGGCGACAGCGUCCGACGAUACCGUCUACAUGGAUCGACACACAACGAGCAUGAGACACGUGGUGAGUAUGUCAAGGCAACAAAUCCUUCGUACCUUUGAGGGUACACUCAAGUGCUCAUGGCCAUCCUCUCGUAAGCGACAUACCAACUUUGGAGAAGACCUUCGCCAGCCCCAUACACGUUCGCAUGCGCCCUUCACGGUACCCGGAACGGCGAUGUAUAUACAGAUCGACGUCCGGCGAGCGACGUCUCGGACCUGGUCCGCACCUCUGCUAUCCGCUUCAUUCGCGGGGCUCCGUGUCAAACGUUAUGGCCCGACCAUCAAGGUCGAGCGUGGUACGGACAUAACGACGUCCGGCGAGCGACACAAGGCUCAGCGCCGGCCCGUCCAUACCCACUUUCUGCUCGCUCCAUCGAUACCCAUGUCAAGCAUCAAGAAGGCCUUCCACCGGACCCGUGAAUCCACAUCUUCAAAGAGCACUAUCUGUGCCAAGUCCCCCGAUUCCAGCCCGACUGUGCUGCACAUCCUCGAAGCGUCGUGUGCAGUCCGUUACCGGGAUGCGCAGGAUGAUGGAUCACCAUUCAGCGACGGGGCUAUGAGGGACAGCGCGUGGCAGAUUGCCUUCCACGACGUUCGCGCUGUGUGGUGCGAAUGGCGAUGCACGUUAUCUGCCGAUACGCCAGCCCACGGUCAUCGCACAGCGGUGACGAGAUAUAUUCGAUACGUAGCUACUGUGCGACAGCGACUGACCGCAGCUGCUCCAAGGGCGUACAGCCUCAGGCGGCCGCGACGACCUUGCACGGGCACUCACCUGGUACGGUACUCGCCUUGCUGUGUGUUCCCAGGCCGCCGACUGCCAUUGAGAUGGAGGGGAGGGACCAGCCGUCGCCGCGAGUGACGGCAGAGAGGGGGGACGCUUUUUUCGUUAGCACCGAUGUACAUACUGGGGCCCGUUUGCGUGAUCUACGAAAAAAUUCAGCACACCAUAAUUGAUGAGCUCCCUGCGGGGAGGCGAAACUAUGCCC